AUGCCACAGGAGACAAUACCAGAAGCGCCAAUCCUUGAAAUUUUGCAGCUCUUGGAUGAAGAAAGCACAAAGUGGGAAGGCAUCGAGUUAAGAAAUAGGCCAAAAAUUGAGAAAUUACAACAAAAUAAAGAGACCAAAAUCGCUAUCACAACAAUGAACGAUACUCUCGAGACAACACUGAGCGAUAUGACCACCUUCGAAGAACUCUGCCACAAAGUAUAUUGCGCUGCUAAAAUAACCAACAUCAUUCAGGGCACAUCAUCACGAACACCAAAUCAAGAAAACCGUCAACAGAGGACGCCACCAUGGAAGGAACGAAUAGAAAGAAGGAUAACAACUCUUCGAAAAGAAAUAAGCGUCCUUCUGGUUAACCGAAAAGUGAGUAAAAAAGUCGAGAAGAAAGUGUGGGCAUACCCCCGAAAGUUAAAGAUUGAAAAAGACGGACAACACCAUCAACACCUGAGAACACAUAUGGAAACACUGAAGCGACUUUCGGGCGGACACAGUGACCAACAAGCUACUUCGCCUGACACGAACAAGAUGCAGCAAUACUGGUCGGACACCUGGACACAGGAAGGCAGCCACAACACCGAGGCUACAUGGAUAAAGGCGGAAAAAAGUGCACAUCUUGACCUUACAGAAAUGACUGAGAUUACUAUAACGGAAGAAGACGUGAAAGCAACAGUCAGGAGACUCAAGAACUGGUCAGUAGCUGGUGUGGAUGGAAUCCACAAUUUCUGGUGGAAGUCACUAACAGUGACCCAUAAAGUGAGCAAUAAAAGACCCAACGACAAUUCCUCUUUAUUUUACACUUGGCACGACACUCGUAAAAACCAAGAAAGGAGAUCUAAGAAAUCUGAAAAACUACAGAUCCAUUACCUGUCUACUUGCGAUUUAUAA